CUCGGCCGAUGCCACAUCUAGCCUGAUCGACAUACUCGACGACGAUCUCAGCCAUCACCCUACAUCUUACCUACUGUAUCACGGCGUUUGAUAUCGGAUCAUUGCCAUGAGACUGCGAGGCACCGGAUUGCAAUGACAGACGAGCGACGUUUCUGGGUCAUGUCAGCUCUCUGUCAGUGUGGAUGCUACGCAGCCUUUGUUGAGGGUCUUGCUAUUGAAGUAGGCACACCAAAUGAUGCACGACCAUAUGAGUCCUGUUACGGAUGGUGUUACCCACAUCGAAAGGUGCCGCAGGCAAGGACGACCGAGAAGCUCUGUGGUUUGGGUGCAGAGCACAACACACGGUCUCACGGAGAAUGUAGACUCGCUGACCAAGGCCGAAGACAUGUCUCAGAGAUGGCGAGAUGUUUUGACGGCCGAUUAAACACACUGUGGCCUUUCGAUAUUCGUUAGGUAUAUGAUGAACUCAGUGAACAUUAGCUGUGGUCAUAAAGAAUAGAUGAAGAAGAGGAAUUCUCGAUUCGCACAGUUCCGCGCUCGCCUGGCUAUCUCCUCAA